ACAGCAAACACAACAGGCCAUCAGAACUUCCAGACUCAAAGCGGCAAGCCGCCAGCGAGCAACGCACACCCUAGCGGUCUCGCUGAUCUGGUCGUGGUUGCUCGCAGCUCUCUCCUCGCCGUCGUCCCGCUGCCACUGCCUCGCUUCGCCGGGCGGGCUUGGCGGCGUACGUGCGGCGCGCUGGGGCAGCCAGGCAAGGAGAGUGAGCCAUGCCGCCCGCCGUCGCUUCGCCGUGCCGGCGCGCUGGGGCAGCGCGGGGUGAGAGGCUCGGCGGGGAAGGGAAGGAGCGGCGCCGCCGCGGCGCGCGCCUCUGUUCGGGGAAGGGGCCUGUGCGGGCCGUGUGGGCCGGGCCAAGGAAACGGCCCGCAAGCCCACCUCGCGUCCAAAGCCCGGGACGGCGGCACCUUGAAAUACCUCGCGUUGGCGCCCAGCGCAACCGCCGCAACCAACAGCUUUCCUCGCCGGAGUCCCCAACAAACCAAGAAUCCCUCCUCUCUCUCCACCGCGCAGCAGCCCACCCACCGCCUCUGCUCUCCGGCGCCGGUGACCCAUGGACCAGUUCCACGACGGGCACCACGUGCGGCUGCGGAGCCGCGUGCACCGCACCCGCACCUACCUCCACGCCGCCGCCGACGGGGAGAGCGUCACCCUCAGCCAGGUCCGGGCCUCCAUGAACGCGGCGUGGGCGGUGCACAUUUACAACCGCGCCGACGGCGACGGCGAGGGCUUCUACGACGACGACGGCCCGUACCUGCUCCUCCACAGCGCCGCCUACGGCCGCUACCUCGGCGCCACGGACGUGCCGGCGCGGCGAGGCCACCACGGAUUCCGCGCGGAGCUGCGCGACUACGACCAGCCGGAGGUGGGGGCCAUCAUGUGGCGGGCCGUCGGGUCGGGCUUCGCGGGCAACGUCGUCCUGCUCCACCACGCGGGCGGCCGCUUCCUCCGCGCCAACGGCAGGUACCUUCCCUGGAACGCCGGCGUCAGCCUCGACGACGACGUUAACUCCAUGAUGCACUGGGUCGUCGAGCCCAUCCCCGCUAGAGAGGCUGGCAUGCCUGCCAUUCCUGGCCCGCUUCCGAAUCGCCCAGGAAUGAGAUUCCUCUCCAACAUAUUCAUGCACCGGGGGCCGGGACAGCAGGUCGGGGGCGUCGAGCCCAUCCAGGGAGAGUCGGGCAUGCCUGGCCGUCCUUCGACUCUCCCAAGAUUCCUCUCCAACAUGUUCACGGAGCCGGGACGGCGGAUCCGGUACACUCCGACGCUCGGCGGGGACUACCCCGAGGACAGCGCCGGCUGGGGCGAGUUCUGGUUCAGGGGGAGGUCCGUGUUCCGUCUGAGGGACCAGGUGGUGAUGCGCACCAGCAUCAACCUGUACUACCAGAACAUCGCCAUGUGCGUACGAGCGGGCCGCUAUGGGAGGCUGACCCCGCUCGUCGUCGACCUGCCCCACGGCGGCUACGGCGAGACCCUCGAGAUUGUCAUCCUCGAGGACGAGACUCGUGCCUACGAUGAUCUGCGGCACCCAGAUAUCGACGCGGAGUAGAGGAAGAUCAGAGCCGGUGUCCUGACAGUUCACAAGUUUCUCCACCUCAGAAUACGAUGGCAGCAGAACUGGACGCCUACUUUUGCCUACAGAUAGAUAUAGAUUCAGAAACUCAGCAGCUCCCGUGUUCACGGUUCUAUGAAUCAGAACUACUGAAAGCGUUGGGUCCAAUGGCUGAGCAUUAUUGUAGUGAUACUGAAUGUAGUAGCUCUUCUGACAUUCAUCCCUGCGAUGUGUUUGCCAUGGCUUCGUAGACAAUGCAUUUCACUGUAGGGUUCUCACAAUGAGUUGAUGAUCCUACAAUUUUUUGGAUCAUGCAUUUCGUGUAACUGGAAAAUGCAGUGGUUUAUGCAAUGAGCUUCAUUCCUUUUCGACUA